AUGGAGCUCGAGGCCAUGAGUAGGUACACCAGCCCAGUCAACCCAGUUGUCUUCUCACACCUGACUGUGGUACUUCUGGCCAUCAGCAUGUUCUUCACCUCCUGGUUCUUCGUCUACGAGGUCACCUCCACCAAGUACACAGGUGAUAUUUACAAAGAGCUCCUCAUCUCCUUGGUGGCCUCACUCUUCAUGGGUUUUGGAGUCCUCUUCCUCCUGCUCUGGGUUGGCAUCUACGUAUGAGUCCCCAAGGGUACCCACCAGGCAGCUUCACC